AUGACGGGGUCUUUUGGGUGGAGGGUGACAGCGGUGGCCGCGGUUCUGACCAUAGCGGGGUCUUUAUUACCUGUCGACGCUGAUGAGCACGAGCACACGUAUGCGGAUAAGGAGGAGGUCGUAUUAUGGAUGAACACAGUGGGGCCUUACCACAAUCGACAGGAGACCUACAAGUAUUUCUCUUUGCCCUUCUGUGCGGGCUCCAAGAAGACCAUCAGCCACUACCAUGAAACGCUGGGAGAGGCUCUGCAGGGGGUGGAGCUGGAAUUCAGCGGCCUCGACAUCAAGUUCAAAGAUGAGGUUAUGCAGACGACAUACUGUGAAAUUGAGUUGGACAAACCCAAACGGGACGCUUUUGUCUACGCCAUCAAGAAUCACUAUUGGUACCAAAUGUACAUCGAUGAUCUACCCAUCUGGGGUAUUGUAGGUGAGGCGGAUGAAAACGGAGAAGAUCAUUACCUGUGGACUUAUAAGAAGUUGGAGAUUGGCUUCAAUGGCAAUCGGAUUGUGGAUGUGAACCUGACCAGUGAAGGGAAAGUGAAACUCAUGCCCAACACUAGAAUCGCCAUGUCUUAUUCUGUGAAGUGGAAGAAGUCCGACGUGAAGUUUGAAGACCGAUUUGACAAAUACCUGGAUCCAUCUUUCUUUCAGCACAGGAUUCACUGGUUCUCCAUCUUCAACUCCUUCAUGAUGGUUAUUUUCCUGGUAGGCCUGGUGUCUAUGAUUCUGAUGAGAACACUCAGAAAAGAUUAUGCCAGAUACAGUAAAGAAGAGGAAAUGGACGACAUGGACAGAGAUCUGGGAGAUGAAUAUGGGUGGAAGCAAGUUCAUGGAGACGUAUUCAGGCCUUCAAGCCACCCGCUCAUAUUCUCGUCUCUCAUUGGCUCUGGCUGUCAGAUCUUCUCCGUCUCCCUCAUCGUGAUCAUCGUGGCGAUGGUUGAGGAUCUGUAUACAGAGAGAGGAUCCAUGCUCAGCACCGCCAUUUUUGUUUAUGCCGCAACCUCUCCCGUCAAUGGCUACUUUGGGGGAAGUCUGUAUGCAAAACAAGGAGGCAGGAGAUGGAUUAAACAGAUGUUCAUUGGAGCUUUCAUGAUCCCCGCCAUGGUGUGUGGAACGGCCUUCUUCAUCAACUUCAUUGCCAUCUACUACCACGCCUCCAGAGCCAUCCCCUUUGGUACCAUGGUUGCUGUUUGCUGCAUCUGCUUCUUUGUCAUUUUGCCUCUGAACCUGGUGGGAACGAUUUUGGGCAGGAAUCUGUCCGGCCAGCCGAACUUCCCCUGCAGAGUGAACGCCGUGCCCAGACCCAUCCCAGAGAAGAAGUGGUUCAUGGAGCCGGCUGUUAUCGUGUGUCUGGGAGGAAUCUUGCCGUUUGGCUCCAUAUUCAUAGAAAUGUACUUCAUUUUUACCUCAUUUUGGGCCUACAAAAUCUACUACGUGUAUGGAUUCAUGAUGCUGGUGCUGGUUAUCCUCUGCAUCGUGACUGUGUGCGUCACCAUUGUGUGCACGUACUUCCUGCUCAAUGCUGAGGACUACAGAUGGCAGUGGACCAGCUUCCUGUCUGCUGCAUCUACUGCCGUCUAUGUGUACAUGUACUCCUUUUACUACUAUUUCUUCAAAACCAAGAUGUACGGCCUGUUUCAGACGGCGUUCUACUUCGGGUACAUGGCUGUGUUCAGCACUGCUCUGGGAAUAAUGUGUGGUGCCGUGGGAUACAUGGGAACAAGUGCCUUUGUGCGGAAGAUCUACACAAAUGUGAAAAUCGACUAAAGGAGACCGACCAGCAGCAACACAGGGAUGUUCAUGAUUUGCCCCUCCCCCCAGUAUCCUGAAAGACGGAGGGCAUCAGUCAUACUUUAUUACUUUUCUUUAUUGCAAAGAGAUUGUGAGAAUCUCACUUUGUACAAUGUAGUUUUCCCAUUUUCUGAAUGAAUUUGAACGCCUCAUACGAAAGCCAACCAGAAGAGAUGUGCGGCAGAGACGUCAGACACCAUUUCUGCUUUUAGCAGUUGCUUUCAAACAAACUUUGGGGCGAAUGUUAAAGGCCGACACGACUUGUCCUUUUCCACGCAGCCCCAGCGGAGACCGUCAUGUCCACAGCUGGAGUGGUGUAGCUCUCUUCAGUGAAGAGGCCCGUGUAUGGAAGCCUUGGUGUGUGGGAGCUGGGUUCGUGUCUGCAUUUGGACUUGGUUCUGUUUUGUAUUCUUGAAGUGGCUCAUUGUUGUUUGACACAGUUCGGUAGGUGUUCCUGUAGCUGCAGACUGAUAAUCAUUCCCCGUUCGGUAGCGGUCGGUCCGCUCCGUCAGGUGUAGUCCUGCUGUGGUUUACUGUACAGGAGCGAGCGAAGCGGCGGAUCCGCAGGUACAGGAAGAUUUUUAAAUGAUGUUGAUCACAUUUCCCAGUCCAGUCUUGUUUUCUUAAUGUUUGGGUUUGAAUGAAGUCUACUUGUAAAGAUAAUAUAUGGAUGUGGGAGAGUGUAUAUAACCAUAACAAUGUACCCUAGAUGUAGAUCCCACCUAUAUUUUCUUUGUACAGAUUUACUACAGGGUGGUUUUUUGUUUUGGUGCUUGGGUCAGGCAGGUGGCGCCGUUACAUCUUGCCUGAAAUUGCAUGAAGUUUUCAGCGAACCCUGCGGUCCUCUCAGCUUUUCUUUUCCUCCAAUCCCUGAUGACGAGUGAUCAUCUGACGAUGCUUUUUUUAAUAUUGAUUUGAAGCUUUAAAGGCUCUGGAUCAGCUGGUUCACGUUCUGUUGCCUAACCUGAAACAUUGUUGGUGAAUGUCGGCGGGAACGAGGCGGUCGCUUCCUUCCUGAAACAUCCUGUACAAAGUUAAGUUUAUGUACUAAACUAGAUGUUUUCUUCUCCACACGCAGAGCUGCAGAGCCUUCCUCCCUGUUGUGUAAAGUCAGUAUGUCACCUGCUCGUGUGAGAAGUGUUUUUUUUUUUCUUUUUCAAGUUUUCCCUCACUGAAGAUGAUUCUGGCACCUCAUGUUGUGUACCGAUGUCUGAGACAUUUUGAUCCUGCAUAUUAACUUGCUGUAAAAAGAAAUAAACAUGUUUAUGUACA